AUGAUGGAGAAGGAGAUUAAGAAGAUUAUGGAGCAGGAGACUGCACGAGUGAAGAGCCUGAGUUUCCACCCAAGCAAGCCAGUGCUUGUGUCUGGACAUCACAGUGGAUCUCUGAAGGCGUGGGAUUAUCAAAUGAAUGUUUGUAUUCAUGAGUUUCUUGAUCAUGAUGGGUCUGUGCGGGCGGUCCAAUUCCAUCCGCAUGGAGACCUGUUUGUGAGUGGAGGAGAUGACAAGGUAAUUAGGAUAUGGAACUACACUGAGCGACGAGUGACGAACCGAUUGUAUGGACAUGAUGAUUUUGUAAGGUCUUUAGAUUUCCACCCAACAAAGCCAUGGAUACUGAGUGCGUCUGAUGAUCAAACAAUAAUGGUGUGGAACAUGAUGACUGGGAAACUUCUGGCUACUGCUCGAGGGCACAGCCACUAUGUGAUGUGUGCAAAGUUCCUUGGGGAGGACAUGAUUGUGAGCGGAUCGCUUGAUCAAUCGAUCCGUAUAUGGGACUGUAAGGGAUUGAAAGAGGGAGGCAAUAAAAAGAGUACAUUGCUACCUGAUAUUGUUGUGAAGCAGAUAGUGGAUGGGCAUGAGCGAGGAGUGAAUGCAAUAGCGAUUGGAGAAAGGAUGUUUGUGAGUGGAGGAGAUGACAGGGACAUCAAGUGUUGGGAAUGGACGGAGACGUCAGUGUGGGAGAAGGAAACAAUGUGUUUUCAUCAAGGGCCAGUGACUGGGCUAUUGUGUUGUGGAAGUGGUGUUUUGAGCACUGGAGAGGAUGGAUUGUUUUCAAUAUUUGAUGUCGAAAGAAGGAAAUCUACUGAGUAUCGGGUUGAUGGACGAUAUUGGUGUGCGGCAUCUAAAGGGAAUGUGUAUGCAGCAGGACAUGACUCUGGACUUGAAGUAUAUAUGUGUGUGGAGCCAAAGAUUGUGUGCAAGGUAGAAGCGGGAGUAUAUUAUGUGAAAGAAUGGAAUGUGUACCUGAAUGACUUUAAGACUGAGAAGGUUAUUUACAAACCGAAGAAGAAAGUUGAGAGUAUAUAUGUAUCUGGUGAAUAUUUGCUUGUGCGGUAUGCAGAUGGAUUUGAGGUUGUAAAGGAUGGGGAACUGAUUUUAUCAGAGCUAGGAGAGGCAGUUUUUGUGGAACCUGAGAGUGAUUGUGAUUGUGCGAUAUUGGUUGUGAAGAAUAAAGACGGUAUUUAUGAGAUGAAGGUUGAAGGGGGAGAAAAGAAGAAGAUUCCUGCAACAGAAGGAAAACUGUUUAGAGGAAGUAGUGGAAGAUUCUUUGUGGUGAAUGAGAAGAAUGUGGGCAUGUAUACAACGAGUGGAGUAGUGAAGAGUAUUGGGGUUCCAUUUAGGCCUGUGAAUGUGGUUUGUUUAAAAGGACGUGUAGCGCUUAUUGGGACGAAUGAUGUUCAUGUUUGUGAGGAAUCGCUUGAUACAGUGAAUGCAGUGAGUGAGAUGGCAACAAUCCAGGGAGGUUUUUUCCAUGGGGAUGUGUUUGUGUACUCGACGCUGAGGCAUCUGAAGUAUGUUUUUGAGGACAAGGGAGUGUUGAAGAGUGUUGAGAAGUGUAUUUUGCCGUUUUCGUUAGAGGAGGGGAAUAUGGUAUAUUUUGUUACGGAUGGAGGGAUUGAGUGUAUGGAGGUUGACCUGACCGAGAUUGAGUUUAAGAAUGCAGUGCAACAUGGAGGAGAUGUGAUUGGGAUGAUUGAGGGAGGAAUGCUUCCUGGGAUGGCGCCUCUAUCGUAUCUUGUUCGGCAGAAGAAAGGAGCGGUUGCAUUACCGUACAUUAAGGAUGGAAGACAGCGAUUUGAGCUGUGCCUUAGUGAUGGGAUAUUGGAUGAGUGCCUGAGCUAUUGCAUGGAGAGUGGAGAUAUGAGUGUCUAUAGGAGGCUAGCAGAAGUAGCAGUGCGAGAAUGCAGAGUAGAUAUUGCAGAGAAGUGUUAUGAAAACCUGAAUGAGUGGAACAUGCUGUUUAUGCUGUAUGUAUGCUCUAAAGAAGUUGAAAAGAUUAGGAAACUUGCAGAGAAAGCAGAUGAAAGCACACGUGCGAUGGCAAGGAUGUACUUGGAAGAUUUGGAGUAUUUUGUUGAAGCAGGUGUGAUAGGCAAACAGAGGAGUGACAGAUGCUCAAGAGAAAGAUUUGUAGGUAUGAAAGGUGACGGAUUUUCAGAAGAGAGGUCUAUGAAUCUCAAAGAUGAAGUAAAAAAUGAGUUUUUGGAAAGUGAUGAACAGACACUGAAAUAUGAAGUAGAAGAGACUAGAGAAGAGGCUAUAAAAGAAGAUGGAUUGAAGGCAGAAGUGAUAUCAGAAGGAACAGAUGAGUUUGAAGAUGAGAAUGAAAUAAUGAGCGAGCAGAACGAUAUAUGUGCAGGAUUAGAGAAACUUGAGGUGAAUAGUCAGGUUUUUGAUGAGUCAGCACUUGGCACGCAUGGUAUGAAUGAGGAUGAAAAAAACAUUGAUGAGAUGAUGGAGAGUGGAUUAGCAUUGACAACUGCUGGGAAGUUCAGCAAAGCAAUUGAAGAAUUCCGGUUAUGCAUUGCUCGAAUAGCGUCUGAGAUGAAGAGAAACGAGAAUAAGGAUGUUUAUUGUAGUGAGCGGCGACUGGCAGGUGCAUACAUAUCUGGGCUUAUUGUUGAAAAAGCAAGGAGAAAGAUGGAGGAUCCAUUGGAAAGCAUUGUGAUGGCGGUGUAUGUUGCAUCUCUACCGUUAAAGAAGGAACACCACAGCCUGGCGAAGUCUACAGCGAUUGCAGUAUUGAGGAAGUAUGGGAAUUUUGGACAGGCCAAGGAGAUUGCAAAGCUGCUGGGUGAAGAAGGAGAGGGUAGUAAGAUUGUGAAGAAGGCGAUUGAGGAUGAGAAUAUGAGUAAUGAGUAUGAAAUUCCUGAAGGAACGUUCUGCCAUGAUGUGCUUGGGAUGAGGAAGAGCAGCAAGCAAUGCAAGAUGUGUUUUAUUGAUAGCGCUGAAGAAGGAGUUUGUAGAAGUUGUGAGAUUGGAGUGGUUGAGUGA